CCCCACCACAGGCCCAGCAGCUCCCAGACCCCAGUAACAGCAGUGUGGUAUAGAGACUCUCUGUAAGCUGUGCGUCUGAUGAGGAUGUCUGAUCCUGCUACUGUGAAGGACAUCAGUAGGACUGAGAGCAUGAAGGUUUGUGAGGCUGGAGUGGAGCUGCAGGCAGCAGACUGGACCGACACCACAACAUUAGGAGCAGACAGCAGACGGAACGGUGUGAAGGACAAACCCAAACAGGCUGGGAGCCUGGUGCCGGAACACAAUGCCACCGGUCACCAAGACGGAAGCUGCUGUGACAACGAGAGGGAAACGUCACAGCAGUCUCCUGUAUCAGCUGGCCAGUUGGUGAGGGGCUCUAAGUCCAGGGUAAAGUUAGUACGGAGCCUGGCUGUCUGUGAAGAGUCCUCUCCUCCCUUUCUAACUGCACACCAGCUGACACCAGAUCCUCAGAUAUCCCAGUCCUUUGAUAAGGAGGAGCUGUCUGCCAAGGAGGAGAAAGAGAAGGUGGAGAAACCAGAGAAGAUGUCCCGGAAAAUGCUGUCAAGAGAUUCCAGCCAGGACUACACAGACUCUACUGGAAUAGACCUGCAUGAGUUCCUGGUCAACACUCUAAAGAACAACCCCAGAGACAGAAUGAUGCUGUUGAAGUUGGAGCAGGACAUUCUGGAUUUUAUCAGUAAUAAUGAAAGCCAGAAGAGGAAAUUCCCUCCCAUGACUUCGUACCAUAGAAUGCUGCUACAUCGAGUGGCUGCCUACUUCGGCAUGGAUCACAAUGUUGACCCCACUGGGAAGUCUGUCAUCAUCAACAAAACUAGCAAUACAAGAAUACCAGAUCAAAAAUUCUCCGAACACAUAAAAGACGACAAAACGGAUGAUUUCCAAAAACGCUACAUUCUCAAAAGAGACAACGCCAGCUUCGACCGGGAAGACGGCAUGAUACGAAUGCGCCUGAAAGACGACAGGAGAAGCAAAUCUAUCGAGGAGAGGGAGGAAGACUAUCAGAGAGCCAGGGACAGGAUAUUUGCACCAGAUGGAGAUAAUUUCCACCUAGAUGGAAGGAGCCCUGAUGAAGAGGCUUGUAUCAGCACUCAACAGAGGCGGCAACUCUUCAGACUAGGGGACGGGCGGUCAGCCAGCAGUAGACAGAGCAGCUCUGAGAAUGACCCCAAGAACUGUGAUGCCCGGCCGUGGAGCAGCACUGAUUCAGACAGCUCCAACCGUAACCUGAGGCCGACCAUGACCAAGGCCAGCAGCUUCAGCAGCAUCUCUGUCCUCAUCAGAGGAGACAGCUCAGCCAGCAGCAAGAGCACCGGACGCCUCUCCAAAACAGGUUCUGAGUCUUCUAAUAGUGUAGGGUCUUCUACGAGUUCCAUCUCUCGCCCCCAAGUACUCCACCUGCCUCUCCCUGUCCCAGCUGCUCUAACCCAGGCAGCCGGCCCUGUCGGGGGCCCCAGCACGGUGCUACCUACACCCUCCUCCUCCUCUGCGUCCUCCGCUGCCAUGGCCCCCAGCAGUAGUAGAGCUUCUGUACACUGUGAUCGGGGCAGCAGGAACGGCCCGGCGCCUGCAUCCGGCCCAGCGCCAACCCAGGCCACUGCUAAUGCUACUAGUUACUAUUUGCUUCCCCCGGAAGCCACAGGGAUACCGCCUGGCAGUAUACUGGUCAACCCACACACAGGCCAACCCUUUGUGAACCCUGACGGCAGUGCUGUGGUCUACAACCCCUCGAUGACCUCACAGCAAGGUGGGAGGAGCCAGCAGCCCUUGGCCCCUCCCCUACCACCCCCAGCCCCGCACCAGCCAGCCAAUCACGUCCUCUCCCAGCCGGUUCGGCAUCUCCAGCCCUCUGCUCCACAGCCGAUCCAGUACUCAACCAUCUCUUACCCUCCUCCUCAGUUCCUGCCACUCUCCUCUAACCAACAAUACACUUUGCAAGAAGGGCUGGCUGCCCAGUUCAGCCACAUGAGUGUGGUGCGCCAGGCGUCCAGCGACGUCACUAACGGCGGCCCCCACCCUGCCAUGUACCCCUCGGGCCCUGUGGUGCUCCAGGCCCCCCUGCAGCACCAGCAGACUGGCUACAUGGUGGCCCCUCCAGGGCCCCCUGUGGUGGGGCCAACCCAGGCCUACCCCGGCCCUGCACACCCUAUGAGCCAGCCGGUCAUGCAGCAGCAGCAGGGCUACAUGCCACAGCAGAUGCACACAUGUUACUGUGCUCCAGCCCAGGACCCCCACUCCCACUGCAACCAGCACUAUCGCCCUGUCAGCCCCGUGCACUACACCAGCCCCCAGACCCAGCCUCUUCCCCAGCAGCCAGGUUACCACGCUGUGAUGCCAAGUCAGCCCCAAGGCCCUCAGCAUCAGAACCUGGUGAACAACCAGCAGCACAGCAAUAUGGGAAAUCACAUGACGGCCUUCAUGGUCCAGUACCCUUCAAUGCCGUCUUAUCAGGUAUCAAUGCCCCAGGGGUCUCAGAACAUGCCUCCACAUCAGCAGGCAUGUCAACAGCCAAUGAUGAUCCAGAGCCAUCCAAGCCAAGCUCCCAUGGCCAUGUCAGGCAUGCAGGUUUACUACAGUGUCAUGCCCCCAAAUCAACACAGCACCAUGAGUCCAUCGAUGGGUUUCUUACCUCCUGCUGGGGCAGAGCAGAUGCAGUUUCCCCGGGCUUCGUCUCCGUGUGGAACCCAGCAGCUACCAGGACAGCAGUGCUCAGGUGUGCUCCCCAGUCCUCACAGUGGUGGUAUGGUGAUGAUGCAGCUGACCCUGCCCCCUAACCACCAGCCCAGAGCCCACUCCCCUCCACAGUGGAAACACAACAGAUACUACAGUCUGGAUCACACACGCAGCCAGAGGUCCUCAGAACAACUAAACAACUCACAGAACAGUCCCCAGCUGGGCCCCAGCACGCCUCCAGCCAGCCCCAAGCUCCAACCCACCAACUCACCUCCAUAUUCCCCAGACCCUUCCCCAGGGCAGGCAGUGGACGGCAGAUACCCAUUGCUGGGUCAACCCCUCCAGUACAACCCUGCCAUCAGGCCUCCGCUGAUCCAUGGCACACACCACAUGAUCCCCAACCACCACCACGGCCCAAUGGGAAUCCGGCAUCAUGGGGGGCGAGGGAGGAGACCACCACCUAGGAAGUCAUUAUCAUCAGAUCUUAGUGUAGGUGACCCAGUGAACGGUGGAGUCCUGGAGGUGCUGGAGCUACCAGAGGGCAUCAGUCGUACGGAGGCAGACUCUCUCCUGGGGGAACUGUACAGAGGAGGGGCCAUGAUCAAGUGGUUAUCUGAGACCCAACAGCACCAGUCUGGUGAAACCCUGCUGAAACACUGUGGGGCUGGGGGGGACGGUAACAACGGUGACACAAACACUGACACUACUUCCUGUUCCAAACCCCCCAGUAGUAACCAUAACGACCUGGCGUCCACCUACACCAUCCUGGCUGUGUUUCCCUCCAGGUACGCAGCUCAGAACGCCUUGCUGAGACACAGUGGCCCUGCCGGCCCUGGGCCCCUUCUUACCACCACGUUCAAACUCAGAACUAGCAAGAGACACUCUGAUGAGUUUCACAACCAGGAGAGGACCACCUCUCAAUAGCAGGGUGGGGUGCUGUAGCCAGCCAACCAGGAGAGGACCACCUCUCAAUAGCAGGGUGGGGUGCUGUAGCCAGCCAACCAGGAGAGGAACACCUCUCAAUAGCAGGGUGGGGUGCUGUAGCCAGCCAACCAGGAGAGGACCACCUCUCAAUAGCAGGGUGGGGUGCUGUAGCCAGCCAACCUGGAGAGGACUUGCUCUCAAUAGCAGGGUGGGGUGAUAUGUUACUAGGGCCCCUGAGAGGUUGUUCUAGGGGCUCCCACGGGCUACUAUGAGGGGCUGCCGGUCACGGGCCCUCGCCAUGGCCCCUCCACCCCACCACCACCUCCACUGCUACCAUCGGCCAACCAAUCAGACACCCCUCUUCUGCAAGCAUCACUCACUAGUCUCCACUCCCCACCGGACUGACAGACAGACUGAUGGAGUAUCACUCGGUUGGCAUUAUCUAACAGCUUUUUCACUUGAGUUGUAGAGGCUUUCUGGGAAUGUGUUAAUGCCUUUGGAACGUUCUCUACUUUUUGAGAUGAAAAUGUGUAAAAAAAAAAUGGAUCUGACAACACAUCAAUGUUGAAAAACAGGAAUGAAGUUCCAAAAGUGUCAUUUUAUUUGCAGCCCGAACAUGGUAAAGGACGCAGCAUGUUUUUAUUUUGUUUUGUUUUAUGUUUGUUAAAAGCUGCAGUCAGAACACCCAAAGCAGGAAGGUACUCAUUCAUUACAAGAGGAUAAUAUACCAAGUGUCUCUCAUUGGACAAGAGUGUCUCUCUGGGCCGGAUUUUGAUUUGAGAUCUGCAACGGAUAACUCCAGAUUUCAGUUUAAAAUGUCUCGUUGAUUUAGACGAAAGCCUGAGUUGUGUCGGCGUAUAAUAUCAAGUUAGGAUUCGGACCGUAGAGUCAGUCUCCCGUUGGCCAGUCGGUGUGCUACUACAACAGAAGAUUAGUCUUCUAGAACAAGGUUGUGUCCCAAAUGGCACCCUAUUUCCCUAUAUAGUGCACUACUUAGGUCCCAUAGGGCUGUGGUCUUAUGAGCCCUAUGGGACCUGGUCUAAAGUAGUGCACUAUCUCGAGAAUAGGGUUCUAUUUGGGACUUAGCCCAACAGAAUGGUGCCUUCUAACUGGGCUCGGGUGCCACUCCAUCCCCUCCCCAACACCCCUAAAGACACCCCAUCCAAUUCCAUUUGUAUAAACUCUGACCCACCAAUUUCUUUCACAAUGAAUCAUCACUGAUAUGGUAGCUAAAUUAUUCUCACUUUUCUACACAGUAAAUGGUAUGUUUGCACUGGCACAAGGGAGAAAUGUUUGUUUUUAAGGAAAAGAUGAGAAGAACCUUGGUGCAUCUCAUUGAUGGUUUAUUCUAUUUGAGCUAUUCUAAAAUGAAUGUCCUUCUCACCAACCUCCUCCAACCCUCUCUGUUCAGUCCACCCAUUCCCUGGUUAUGUAUCAAAUGGCACCCUAUUCCCUAUGGGCCCUGGUCAAAAGUAGUGCACUAUAUAGGGUGGCCAGGCCAAAUUCCUUUCGUGUUUAGUUCGUUUUACCGUUCGUAUCCUAUCAGAAGGGUCACUGGAAAAGUGUGCAUUAUUCAGAACACACCCCCAACCCCAUCACACCCAAACAAAUGUCUAUUUAAGAUGGUUGUUGGUGGUGGAUUCAGGAGAGAUGUCCAGUCUGCUGGUGCAAGAUGUUUUUAUUUCUGUUUGAAACCAAUAAAUGUUUACACCAAAA